CCGCUUGUGCCGAUGCGUUUAGGUGAUCAGGACGUCGGGUAGCUAGGACGAUUGUGACCAGAUGAAUCCAGAAAGUUUGCAGGUGCACUGCUCUCUCUGUCUUGGAGACUCUGACUGACUCGCCAUGAAAGCGAAGUCCAAGGAUUUGGCGAGAAGUUGACCGAACAAUGGCGAAUGCAUAUGCAAAAAUAGCCUGGGCUCACCGGCGCGACCAACCUAACUAAUUGCUACUAUUAUGGACCAUGGUCUGUCAGUGUCAAGAAAGAGAAUGGUUCUUGCUACAAAAUAAGAGAGGAUAUGUGCGUACCAGUGCCACGCACAGCUUGCUCAUCACACACAAGGAAGAAUUACAGCAGGUCCAAUGGGAGCGACUUACGCCAACGUCGCGUUGCUCGGCCUUGUCCUGGCCGUGGCGGCCGCGCUGCUGGCGUGCCAGUGCGCGGCGCAGGCGCCGGCGCCGGCUCCAUCUGGUGGCGGCGGCGGCUCUGGGUGCAUGCCGGAGCUCGUGAGCCUGUCGCCGUGCAUGGGCUACAUGUCAGGCAACGCGACGGCGCCCGGGGAGCCGUGCUGCGCGGCGGUGUCCGGCGUGCUGCGGUCCAGCCCGCGGUGCCUCUGCGCGGUGCUUGGCGGCACGGCGGCCACGCUCGGCGUGGCCGUGGACGGCGCCCGCGCGCUGCAGAUGCCCGCGGCGUGCAAGGUCCAGGCCCCGCCCGCCAGCCAGUGCGACGCCAUGGGAGCUCCGAUGUCUUCUCCGGCGACGCCCUACGAUCCCGACGUGACCCCUGCAGGGUCUGGAUCGAAGGCCACUCCAACACCUCAGUACUCCCACGGGAACGUCAACGGAGCAGGAAGAAGAACUCUGGCCUUUGCCGUCGCCGUUGUAGCAAUCGCUCUGACACUGGUUCCUGAGAUCUUUUGAAUCGGUCCCGGGCCUGUAAAUUACUCCUGCAUGGCAAAGGCUGAGGCCAGUUAAGAUUCAAUGAAAAUGGAGGGUCUCAUCAUAUAUUUAAUAUAAGCACGAGUGAGAACCUUCCACC